AUGCCUGUGUACGGACCAGGAGUGAACGUGAGUGAACGGAGGCAACGAAUGAACGCGUGGCUAAGACUGAAUGAAAGAGUCCCUUGCGCAGCAGUGCAGUGCGACCGGUCCUCCAGCCCCAGUGCACAUGUGCGGCACGGUGAGAGCUGGGAGACUAACGUGCACCCACAGCACGCCAACUCUGUAACUCUGGAUUUUAAACUCUGGAGGCCAGUGCCCAUCCCGCAGUGCCUGGACUACAAGCCGCCUUUCCAGCCCCCGGAGCCCCUGGUCUUCUGUAAGGAGUACGCCAAGUUCGGCUGCUGUAACCUGGAGAGGGACAACCAGCUGUCCGAGCGCUACUACCAGGUCAUGGACUACUUCGACUACACAGGAUUUGUGGCCUGCGAGAAAUACAUACACAGCAUACUCUGCCAGGAGUGUUCCCCGUACGCGGCCCACCUGUACGAUGCGGAGGAUGCCAACACGCCCAUGCGUGUGCUGCCGGGUCUGUGUGGAGACUACUGCUCGGACUACUGGAGACAGUGUCGCUACACCCUCAGCCUGCUCACCGACCACAACAACGUCACCGCAGCCAUGGAGGAGGACAAAGACAUGUUCUGUGAUUUCCUGGUGCUGAAGGAUCCUCAGUAUUGCUACCCGAACGUGUUGAACAGUGCGGAGCUGAACAACAACCUGGGCAGUCUGCAAGAGGACAAGGAGGGCUGUCUCCAGCUCUGCCUCCAAGAGGUGGCCAACGGGCUCCGGAACCCCGUCGCCAUGGUGCACGCGGACGACGGAACGCACCGCUUCUGGGUGGCGGAGCAGCUGGGCUACGUGUGGACGUACCUUCCCAACGGGUCGCGCAUCGACCGGCCCUUCCUCAACCUGACGAAGGCGGUGCUGACAUCACCAUGGGCGGGCGACGAGAGGGGCUUCCUGUGCAUGGCACUGCACCCGCGCUUCACCGCCGUCAAGAAGGCCUACGUCUACUACUCCGUGAAGGUGGGCAAGGAGGAGAGGAUUCGCAUCAGUGAGUUCGUGCUGUCAGAGGCCGACAUGAACCAAUUGGAUCACACGUCUGAAAGGGUCCUGCUGGAAGUGAAGGAGCCGGCGUCCAACCAUAACGGGGGCCAGCUGCUGUUCGGCCAUGAUGGGUACCUGUAUAUCUUCACGGGGGACGGGGGGCGAGCAGGGGACCCCUUCGGAAAGUUUGGCAACUCACAGAACAAGUCGGCUCUUCUGGGUAAGGUCCUGCGUGUGGAUGUGGACAAUAAUGAUGACGGCGCCCCCUACAGCAUCCCGUCAGACAACCCUUUCAUCAACGACAAGGACGCACGCCCUGAGGUGUACGCGUACGGUGUGCGCAACAUGUGGCGCUGCUCCAUCGACCGUGGCGACCCGAUCACGUCUUACGGACGCGGACGCCUGUUCUGUGGAGACGUGGGCCAAAACAAGUUCGAGGAGGUCGACAUCAUCGUGAAGGGAGGCAACUACGGGUGGAGGGCCAAGGAAGGGUUCUCAUGCUACGACAAGAAGCUGUGUCUCAACUCGUCUCUAGAUGACAUCCUGCCUAUAUUUGACUACCCCCAUAAGAUGGGCAAGUCAGUGACGGGGGGCUAUGUGUAUCGCGGUUGCCAGAUGCCUAAUCUAAACGGCCGAUACCUCUUUGGGGAUUUCAUGAGCGGACAGUGA